AUGUCCAGUGUGGGGAGAAGAAAAGUCAAAGGUGUGCUCACCUUUGCUCACGCAGUGAAACGCCGGAGGAGAGGGAAAUGGGCCGGUGCGCUCGUGCGUCUUCGCCAGCGCGGAUUACGCACACCGCUACCGGGAAUAUUUCUUUCCAUAGUGCGUUCACUGGCCAAUAAACUGGAGGAAUUACAACUGCUGUUGGGGGAAAACAGGGACUUCUCCUCAUCGGCUGUUUUGUGCUUCACGGAGACGUGGCUGUGUGGAUUAAUACCGGACUCUGCACUGCAGCUGGCAGGCUUCCAACUCUACAGAGCGGACAGAGACACGGAACUUUCCGGCAAAACCAAAGGUGGAGGAAUCGGUUUUUACAUCAACAGUGGCUGGUGCAACGAUGUGACAGUGAUCCAGCAGCACUGUUCUCCUGACCUUGAACCUUUCAUCAUAAACGGCAAGCCUUUUUAUUCACCCCGUGAGUUUGCUUCAUUCAUUCUGGUCGGUGUUUACAUCCCACCGCACGCCAGCGUGCAGGACGCACAGCGCAUGCUCGCCGAUCAGAUACUGUGUGUGGAGCGGAUCAAUCCGGACUCUUUAGUUAUUGUCCUAGGUGACUUUAACAAAGGAAACCUCACUUGCGAACUCCCCAAGUACAGACAGUUUAUUAAAUGCCCGACCAGAGAGGAGAACAUUCUGGAUCACUGUUACACCACAGUCAGGGAUGCUUAUCACGCCGUCCCCCGUGCUGCACUGGGACUCUCUGACCACGUCAUGGUCCACCUGAUUCCUGCUUACAGGCAGAAACUAAAGCUCUGCAAACCUGUAGUGAGGACAUCAAAGAAGUGGACCAGUGAGGCUGUGGAGGAUCUACAGGCGUGUUUGGACUCUACUGACUGGGAUGUAUUCAGGACUGCUACCAACAGUCUGGAUGAGUACACAGAGGCUGUGACGUCAUACAUCAGCUUCUGUGAGGACUGCUGUGUUCCAUCAUGCACUAGGGUGAGUUACAACAAUGACAAACCCUGGUUCACAGCCAAGCUCAGAAGGUUAAGGUUGGAUAAGGAAGAGGCCUUCAGGAGUGGAGACAAAGACAGAUUUAAAGAGGCAAAGUACAAGUUUGGCAAGGCGGUGAAAGAGGCUAAACGACUGUACUCUGAGAAGCUCAAACACCAAUUCUCAGCCAACGACUCUGCUUCUACUGCCGCUUUGAAAGACAGAGGGACAGUCCUGCAACCAUCCCCCACAACACCCCCAGCUCCAGUGCUCCAGUGUUUCACCUCCACCUCCCCCACCUCAGCAGGGGCCUGGGCAUCUCCACCAAUGCCCACCUUAAAGGUCCCCCCCUCCACCUCCCCACCCACCUCAGUGUUGACUCUUUCCAUCCACGAGAGGGACGUCAACAAACUCUUCAGGAAACAGAAUCCCAGGAAAGCAGCUGGUCCGGAUUGUGUCUCCCCAUCCAGCUUGAAGCACUGCGCUGAUCAGCUGUCUCCAGUGUUCACAGACAUUUUCAACACCUCAUUGGAGACAUGUCACGUGCCAGCCUGCUUCAAGACCUCGACAAUAAUCCCUGUUCCCAAAAAGCCAAGGACCACAGGACUUAAUGACUACAGACCCGUCGCCCUGGCCUCUGUGGUUAUGAGGUCCUUUGAGCGUCUUGUGCUUUCACACCUGAAUGCCAUCCCCAACCCACUCCUGGACCCACUGCAGUUUGCCUACAGAGCCAACAGGUCUGUAGACGAUGCAAUUAAUCUGGCCCUCCACCACAUCCUCCAGCACCUGGACUCUGCAGGAACCUGGACUGCUACCAACAGUCUGGAUGAGUACACAGAGGCUGUGACAUCAUACAUCAGCUUCUGUGAGGACUGCUGUGUUCCAUCAUGCACUAGGGACGCGUCUGCAGCAGAGAUAAAGAAGGCUUAUCGUCGAAUGUCUCUCACCCUGCAUCCUGACAAGAAUAAAGACGAAGAUGCUGAGACUCAGUUCAGACAGCUCGUUGCCAUUUAUGAAGUCCUGAAAGAUGAGGAGAGACGACGCAAGUACGAUGACAUCCUGGUGAAUGGACUUCCUGACUGGAGACAGCCCGUCUUCUACUACAGACGCGUGAGGAAGAUGAGUAACUCUGAGCUGGGGUUCCUGCUCUUCCUCAUCCUGACUGUGGGACACUAUGCUGUCCUUUGGUCCAUCUACCUGGAGAAGCAGCUGGAUGAGCUGCUCAGUAAAAAGAAGAAAGACAAGAAGAAGAAGCAGAGCUCUAAACCUGCAGAGGAACUCAGGGUUCAUGACCGACCUCACUGGCACGACAUCCUCCCUCUGAAACUCAGCAUCUGGAUCUACCUGUCCAUCAAAAACCUGCCCCAGACCAUCCAGGAGGUGAAGCAGUUCUAUGAAGACCACCAGCGGCUGAAAGAAGAAGCUGAAGCAGAACAGGAACCUGUGACCAGAGAGAAAAGACCAAAGGUCAAAAAGCCAAAGGCGGAGUUUCCAGUUUUUGAGGCAUCGCCCGAGAACCUGAACUACCGAGGCUAUGACCAGACCUCAUGCAUCGAAGAGAUUGAAGACCAGAUGGAUGACUGGCUCCAGGAGCGCAGAGCGCCCAGAAGGAAGGCUGCUAACUGGUCGGAGGACGAGCUCAGCCUCCUCAGCAGGUUGAUGGUUAAAUUUCCAGGAGGAACUCCUGGUCGAUGGGAAAAGAUUGCUCAUGAACUGGGACGAUCAGUGUCUGAUGUGACAACAAAAGUUAAACAGGUGAAAGACAACGUGAGCCACACCCCAGGUUUGGUGAAGCUGUCAGAGCUGAAGAGCUCUCUUCCUGUGAGGUCACUUCCUGUUGCUGACUCUUUGAUGACUCAGCAGGUGGGUGGGGCCUGUGAAGAGGUGCAGGAAGAAGGGGAGGAUGCUCCAGCCAUGCGCCGGAGAAACAGGAAGACAGCAGAUGGGGGGGAGGUAAAGGUCAGAGGUCGUCGGCAGAGAGACUUUGAUCCUGCAGCUGUGGAGGAGGAGGAGGAGGAGGAGGAGGAGGAGGAGGCGGAGCCUCAGGAGAACAGGGAGAAGGCGGAUCCUGCCGCCUGGACUCAGAACCAACAGAAACUGCUGGAACUCGCUCUGCAACAGUUUCCUCGUGGAACUGCAGAACGGUGGGACCGCAUCGCUAAGGUGGUUCCUGGGAAAAGCAAGGAGGAGUGUAUGAUUCGUUACAAGAUGUUAGCCGAGCUCGUUCAGAAGAGGAAACAAGCCAAGAGCUGAUGACCUUUGACCGCUCUCCAUGUGACCUUACAGUGAGCGCUCUGAUUGGAUGAACUUUAAGUGUGAUGUGGUGUCUCACCUGCUCAGGUUGACCUCUGACCUCUCAGCUUCAUGUGCCUUAUCCUGUCAAUCACCUUCUGUUCAUUGAUCAAUAAACAGUAUUUAUUAUUUUUACUGUCAGCUGUUUCACUUAAAGUCUGCGUCCAAUGAAUGUGAACUGAAGUAACAUCUGUGCUCUAAUUGGAUGAUCACAUUUGACUCAUGACCUGAUGUUUAUUCAAUAAAUCUGCACUUUGUUUUCA